AGAAUAUCGCAUGGUGACACGUCACAGCAGUAUAAAGUCGCCCAUCCCUUGGCAACUAGUCAGAGCGCGCGCAGACAUAGGUAAAGGAGGGACGUACACCAACUAAACUUACUGUGCAAACAUGCAGAUCUUUGUCAAGACCCUCACUGGUAAGACCAUCACCCUGGAGGUUGAGCCAAGUGACACCAUCGAGAACGUGAAAGCCAAGAUCCAGGACAAGGAAGGCAUCCCUCCUGACCAGCAGAGGCUGAUCUUUGCUGGCAAACAGCUGGAAGAUGGCCGCACCCUCUCAGACUACAACAUCCAGAAGGAGUCCACCCUCCACCUUGUCCUGCGUCUUAGAGGUGGCAUGCAGAUCUUUGUCAAGACCCUCACUGGUAAGACCAUCACCCUGGAGGUCGAGCCAAGUGACACCAUCGAGAACGUGAAAGCAAAGAUCCAGGACAAGGAAGGCAUCCCUCCUGACCAGCAGAGGCUGAUCUUUGCUGGCAAACAGCUGGAAGAUGGCCGUACCCUCUCAGACUACAACAUCCAGAAGGAGUCCACCCUCCACCUUGUCCUGCGUCUUAGAGGUGGCAUGCAGAUCUUUGUCAAGACCCUCACUGGUAAGACCAUCACCCUGGAGGUUGAGCCAAGUGACACCAUCGAGAACGUAAAAGCCAAGAUCCAGGACAAGGAAGGCAUCCCUCCUGACCAGCAGAGGCUGAUCUUUGCUGGCAAACAGCUGGAAGAUGGCCGUACCCUCUCAGACUACAACAUCCAGAAGGAGUCCACCCUCCACCUUGUCCUGCGUCUUAGAGGCGGACAGUAAAAGAUUCUAUGAUUUUAAUCUGAAAUGCCAACUCAACCUAAUAAAGAGAUUACAGUGAA